GUUCCGGACGCUCCACCACCCCUUAGUCAUCGGAGCUGGUCUCCGCAUGAUGCAGGCCGAGCUGGUAUAUCAAACUUGGCAUUAACAUUCUCUCAUCCCUGCUAGGAAACUACAGCCAUACGUCAGACCCCGUUUAACCCAUUUACAGUCAUAGGGACACGGCGAGGGAACCCGUGAAAAGAAAAUUCAAGAUGACUUCCAAAUCCCUGAUGCUGAUCGACGUACAGAAGUGUUUCUCGGAGGGGACGUGGGCUGACCGGUUCGGACUGGAUGAGGUGCGUCAGAUCCGGGAGGCGUACGACAGGUGUGUGGACGUCCUGCGCGUCACCCAGCACAUUCCCACGCUGGUCACACGCACGCCCUUCCCCGGGCCGGACGGAGAGCUGGACGAGAGAGUAAAAAGUAUUACACAGGAGCGUGGAAUCGAAUGCUUAUCAAAGCCAGGCAACUCCGUCCUACACGCGGUGGGGUUCGUCAAGUGGAUGGAAGAGCGCAUCAGAAAUGGCAGCCGGAUCAUCAUCAUUGGCGGGAACACAACUACGUCAUGUGUGAAAACGUCGUCUGUGGCUAUCGCCCGCGCUUUCCGGGCUAAGGGACUACAAGUCGUUGUCGAUCUGAGCAUGUGCGGGGCACGUGCGACCAAUCACAAGAAGCGCUGCCCGGACUGUCUGGAGAGUUACGAGAUGGAUUACGACGGCCCCCUUUGCGACGCAUGCGUAGAUCCUGCGGUAGGCCUCCAGUCUCCCGUUGAGGCAGCAGUAAAGGAGAUGAAGAAGAACGGAGUCACGGUGGUGGAGAAGUUCAAGAUGUGGUGAACUGUAGUGUGCUGUACUGGACCAGUAGUGGAGAGAAAGUUCAUUGCUGGAUACUUACAUCAGCACGACGCAUCCUAGCCUUGGGUAGAAGUGUCUCGUCUCUGCUACAUAGUGAAGACAUUGGUGCACUCCUAUCACAACGAGACAUUCCCAAGAUCCGUCCGCUAUCUCGACCAGCCUAUGACGUCAGUUGAUAUCUCUAAAUGACGUCAACUUUUGCCCACGUCAUCACUAGGCUGUACAGUCUUUGGUCCCGGACGUCCUGGUCUUUGGUUGGAAGUUAUGAAAAAUUGAAUCCUGAAGUGGUAUCUGAUGUUCAAAGGACUCAAAUGCAAAUGUUUCUCAUUUGUGGGACGACCGGAUCUCUGUAGGCGUGGACAAAUCUCGAGCCCACUUCCUUUGCAUCAUGUAAAUGUCUUCUACCCAAGAAUAGUGAACGAAACUCUGCACGCAGAUAGGCCCGUCAUUAGAAAAUGGCAUAUAUUCCGUAACGAAGUUUGAACCUUUGGAACAUCAACUAGAGAAAUUAUCUCACGUUUACUGUAUACCACACUCAGUAACAUGUAUAUCUUUCUGCCGGAUGGACCGAAGCCAAAUCAAGCCGCAUCUGACAAAUCAUAGAAUUAUAGUUUACCAACUGUAGGGCGCACAAGUUUGAAUUGACACGCCUAUCAAUGAAACUGAAACACUAUUUUAUCACAAAGGCUUUGACAGCAUUAUGCACCAAGGUAGAUAUACAAACAAUACAGGGCGCUUUAUGGGCUUUAGAACCGUUGAAAAGCCAUGUUGGCUGGUAAAAGGACACUCAUGUUUAAAAGGUGUGGAACACAUAUCAGAGUUGAUCUGCUGUGACCUUUGUUUAAUAAAGGCAGAGAUACUUAUAUACA